AUGUUGGGCUCAGACUCUGGCUCCUCUGACCUCUCCGAAGCCUCGUCCCUGUCCUCCGACAACUCGAGCGGGUCCGAGGCCGACAUCAAACACACGACUCACCAACAACAGCGACCACCAAAGAAGAGCCGUGUCGUCCUUCCUUACCCUCAUCCUUCUGCUCCUGCUGUACCUUCAAUUUCUCCCUCCACAGCAGCACCUCUCUCUCGACCUGCUCCCUCAACUUUGCAACAGCCUUAUCCUUACGCUCCCCAAGGGCCAAGCCGGCAACUUCAGCCCAAAUACCACUCGUCUUCCUCCUCCUCAGGAUCCGACUCCGGCUCUGGUUCUGGCAACUCUUCAGGAGAAGACUCAACAGACCUCGACGACGACGGCAACCAUGGACAGGGAAAACGACCCCCCCAGCAUAUUCGCACCAGCAACAAAUACCCCUCUAAAGCAGCACUCCUACAGCAACAACAAAGCCGCAAGGACGCAACUGCUAAAAAGCCCAAGCACGAAAAAAAUGCGCCCAUCUCGCUCUCGGACUCGCUGCCGGUAUACUCUCAGGAGAUCAUGGACGGGUCCAUGAUGGCCACCGCUGCAGCCAGAAGUGGAGUCACGGUCUCUAGCCGUGGGCGAGGACGUGGACGAGGACGGGCUUCACUGGCUGGCCAUGGAUCCCGCAAGCACGACACCUCUGGCGCUACUGUCAUCGACUUUGAUGCUUACUCUCCACCUCCUGAGGAUUUUGUCCCACCACCAACACCCGUCCAGCUCAUCCAGCGCGUCCAGCACGUCCAGCCCCUCCAAUCCAUUCAACACAUUCGACCUAUCCAACCCAUUCAACCCGUUCAACACAUUCAACCUGCCCAGCCUGUCCAAUCUGUUCAGCAUAUCCCUGUAUCUACUCCAGCCGUCUCAAUCACAUCAGCUCCCAUCGCUCCCGCUCAAGCUCGCAAAAAGAAAGACGCUCCUACCGAACGCCCAGUGGCCAAAGGUGCCAAGUCUGGCAGUGGAUCAAAACCAAAAGCAGGAGCCAAGAAAGUCGGUCGCCCAAAGAUGGUCUCCAAGGACGUCUACUGUAUCUGUCGAGGACCUUACGAUGGCGUAGAGUUCAUGAUCGCCUGCGACCGAUGUGAAGAAUGGUUCCAUGGUCGAUGCAUUGGCAUGAAGCCACAGGAGGCGAAAAAGAGCAACCACUACUACUGCGACACUUGUCAACGGAUCCGCAGGAUGUUUGGUGUUACUUCUGUACCUCAGGAACCAGUGACCCCAUCAAACCCGAAGGCGCCACGGAAAAAGAGCGCUGACAAGCGGGUAGAGAAGCAGAGCAAAAAAGUAGAAGAAUCUCUCCCGAAACUAAAGCUCAAGACAAGUGCAGGAACCGCGCAGGCGCAUAAUUCCGGCUCUUCCUACUACCCUGUCGAUAACACAUCAGCUGGAGGCGUCUACUCAACCUCCAAUGUUUACAGAGCGUCGGAGGCUGCUCAGGUUCAAGCUCAGCAGUCUUUCCCCGUCAAGCAAACAAACCUUCAUCCCAUUAAGGCGCCAAAGUCCAAGCCGACGGUAGUCUACCAGGACCGACCCGCGACCAAUGUUGCACACCUUGGCCAGACGUCCAACCUUAUAAUCCAAGCGACUCCAGUGCCGCCGACAUACAAUGGCAACAGUGCUCCAGGUCGACCGUUCUCUAGCACCCCGGCGGUUUACGACGACGACGAAGACGAGGAUGUGUGCCCUGUGUGUGAAGACCAAUGCACAUGCAACAACGACGGCGACAUGGGCAUGACUUCAGUUCCAGUCUCGACGAGAGCCACGCCUGAAGUGAGUGAAGCGCACAGCAUGAGCGCCAUCAAGGUGCCCUUUCAGCCCAACCUUGGAUCGGUGGCAGCCUCUCUUUACAAUCACCCUGAGCCCAUGGACCACCCCUCCAUCGACAUUGAGGAUGACGACGAUGAAGUGUAUUCGGACGAUGCCUUCCAGGUGUCUCAAAAGAACCCGAUGGUCACCCCUACCAGUCAAAGACGUCCUUCUAUACUUCAGCGAAGCGGGAAAGGGAUGGGCAAAAUGCCCUCUUUAAUGCAGUCCUCCAAGAAGACUCACCACUCUCAUCGGAGUCAAGGCAAGAGUCUCAAAAGCAGCAAGGCUUCGAAGCAUAUGUACAAGCAUUCAAGGGCCAGUUCAGGAUCAGGCGAUUCAGAUUCAUUCAGCGAGGACGACGAGAAGGGUGGCGCCAUCUCAGGAAGUCGUCGAUACUCCUAUGUGUCCGAUGAGAAUGACUUUGGUUUACAUGCCGCGAGGUACGGGAGCGGCAGCGACGAUGUUGUUGCGGGUGAUGAUCUGCUCUCGAUGGACUCCACAAGUUCGUUGAGUGAGUUUGAGGACGAGGCUACACAGGAUCCGGCCGAACAAUCAUCCUUGAUGCAGAGCGGAGACCAUCAUCUUCCUCGCGAGACUCCGGCAAAUCGGUUGACCUCUGGCAAGGGAUACUCCAAAUUCCGCGCCGUUGUCCCUACCGACGAGUCCAGUGCUUUGGUGAUCAAGCCAGUUGUUGUCACCAAGAAGCGGGGUCCUGGGCGUCCUAAGAAACCCAAAGUUCCUCUUGUCGUCAGCCGUGAAGAUGAGCACGCACUCUACACGCCGGCUGUCAUCUCCAGAAAAGUCGCAGAGCCAAACUCCCAGAAACGAGGGUCCACCAAGACUGCUCGCUCAUCCAAAACCAAGGUGGAGUUCCCUUUCAUUGCCUACGACCCUGAUGUCGCCGAGGAUGUCAAGUCUUUGAACACUGCUGAGCAUGCUGGAGAUGACGCAACCGUCGAUGCUCUGGAAUCAGUUACGCCUAUACCCGACUCGACUGCCACAACCUUCUUUGUUGACGAGGACAUUUUUGGAGAUGGUGACCUGAGUGACGAGCUCAGCGGCGAUCUGAGCGAUAUUAUGAGUGAGGACCUGGACGACCUUUCGGAUGACGGCCUUGGAUUCACGAGCAGCGAUGCUGAGGACAACACCAGCAACGGUAGCAGCCCGCGCGAGUUCAACUAUUCCGAGAUGGAGGAGCAGGAUGAAUCCCUAGUCGACUCGGACUCGUCCAUCAACUCGAUUACUUCUGAGGAGUCCGACAGCUCUGACCCCGAUACUGAGUCCGAUGUUGAGCCUCACUUCCAAGAGUACUCUGAAAUGGAUGAGCUUUCUGGACAUGAGGGCUCAGAAGACCUCAUUGACGACGAGGAGCUGAUGCGCUUGGAGGAACAGGAGAGGCUCUACCUGGCCAAGGCGCAGCUUUUGCAUGACGUGUUCAGCGAGGAUGACUCUGAUCCUGGUCGCAACCCAUUCGAGAGCUCCGAGGAUGAAGACGACGACGGCGACGACGAGCGCAGCUUUGAAGGCGAGGAGGGUAUGUAUUCGGAUGAAUUCUACGAGGACGACUAUUACGAAGAUGAGUACGACGACAUGGAUGAGAACGCGAUCCUCGAGCAGCUCCAAGGAACCCAGGCGGAGAUGCAAGCCCUGUUGAUGAUCCCACCCGAGCAGCAGGAGCAGUUGUUGUUGCUUCAACACUAUGCAGAGACCCACCGACUGCAGCAGGAGCAACUUCAGCAAAAGGCGCAGGAGCUCGGCCAGCCCAUCUCGGAUCAAGCCCAAAGUCAUCUCUCUCCAGAUGAUUCGCAGAUAUCGGGGAUAUUGAGUGCUGCUGGGCUUUUGCCGCAAUUCGAUGUCAAUGUGCCUGAUCUGGAUGCGGUCUCUGAGCAGUUGGCCGCGUCGUUGGCGAACAGUUUGGCGAGCAGUAUGGCCGAGAAGAUUGCUAGCGGUCAACCCGAGGAUACACCCCUGUUCCCCACCACGAUGCAAGAUAUCAGCCAAAUCGGUCAUAUGGAUGCCACUACUGUCGAUGCGGCUACUCCGUCGGAUGGUUCGGGUCUCCCAACGACUAUCCUCAAUGUGUCGCCCGUGUCGCCAGAAUCGGUUACUUCGGAAGCAAGUAUCACCAUAUGGAACGUACCUCUGCCCUCGAGUCCAAGCUCUGUUAACACGACGUCGGCUUCGAUCCCAACACCAGCCAACACGCCUACUCCGCCAGGAACCACUGCCGUCGUUUCUCCCAGCCUCCCUUCCACUUCGGAGGAUGGUCAUUCACAGCAGGCAUCGAACUCGUCAAGUGAACUUUCAAUCGCCAUCGGCACUCAGGACUCUGCGGACUCAUUGGCCUCAAGCCUGGACAAGUCUCCCACAAAGAUCCAAUAUCUCCCGAACAGCCCGUCCUACAAGCCCCUAACGUCUAUCAUGCCCACGCCUGUUAUUGGAGGCCGACAAGUGCAGCCAAUCUUGCCCAAGCUGGGUCCAGGAGAGACCACCGCUGACGGCAUUCUUGCUCGGACUCGUUUACAAACCGGUGACCCAAGUGUAUUCAAGGAAGCUGCCCAGCGAGCCCUGGGAAGUCUGCAGCCAGAAAACGGCGCCAAAAGAACACCAUCUCAGGAGAAUACCCCGACCGGGGACACUACAGAUGACGCCUCGCCUGCAAUGCACAGCGCUGAGUUCAGGAAGCGCAAGGUUGACGAGCAAAAGGCAAACGAGGUCGUUUUGGUCAAUGGGAAACGGCGCAGGUUGUCGACUGCACCUGUCAAGAGCCAUCUCAAGGCUGGAAACGCAACUGAGUCACACGACACGUUCCCUGCGUUCUCGAGCGAGAUAACUGAAAGCUUGGCCGCCUUGAUCAACAGCACCGCCGCAUCGUCUCUUUCGGUGACGCCCUCAACAAAGGACUUUUCCACUACGUCAGCUUCGAUGUCUCCUACCGUUUCUAGUGCAACCGAGAUGAAUGUUUUGUCAUCGACUAUUGCGACCGCCAGCGCAGGAAUGACAGUGGCGGACUAUGACUUUUCUAAGGCGUCGAUGCCUUUUAUUGAUCCUGCGGCCAGGAUCAUUGCCUCGUCGUCUAUGCAGAUGCCACCGCAUGCAAAUCCCUCACGCGGUCGCAAGUUCAGUCUGAAGGGCAAGGAGCCAAGGCACUCUGAGGCAGUUGUUUUGCCCAUGGAUGAUCUGUUGGAUACCUCGGCGCUCUAUGGCCGCUCUUCCUCAAGGUCCCCGUCUCCUGGCAGAGGCGCUGGUGAAGGUGAUGGCGACUCGGAGAUGUCACAGUCGAUGAAGGACCUUAAUCGAUGGGAGCGUGUCCCAAUUGGUACCUUCCGGAGGAGCCGCCGUCCAAGCUCAUCGUAUGUUGGUCUACAAGGUGCAUUGAAGUUUGGCAACGUGACGAUGCCAACGACCCUGUUGGCGGACCACCAGCAACACCAACAACAACUAGCUCAAGAAUCCCACCGCUUGCAUCGCAGAACCGCAGGAGUCAGGAAGCACAGGUCGUCGUCUUCUGCCUCCGAUAUCAUGUCAAGUAUGCACCGCAGCGAGGGACGAGGGGAAGGAUCAAACACACAUAGGAGCAUGCUGGAUCGACAGCUGCAGGGUCCUCAUCGAGCCAGAACUGCGACAGUUUCGUCUACAACCCAAACGCCACCCAGUGUCCAUGCUGGUAUGUUGAUGGAGGACCUGGCUGGAUUUGGAUCUCCUGAUGCUGCCCAUCGCGCUUUGGGCACCAAGUUUCCAAUGCAGCGGUCCCAGUCCAGCCUUGGUUCCCUUGAAGGUUCUCUGAUGCGUCACCCAGGACCAAGUCACCCUCUGACAGGCGAACCUAUGAGGCGAAGAAGACGGGCAGGAAGCAACUUGAGCCACGGCCAACGUCCAGGUGUCCGACUAGCAAGAUCCAACUCCUCCUCUGGCCACUCACAACAGCAUACUGCCCUUGGUGUUACAGGUCUAGAUAUGGCCCUUCAUCAUGCCGCAGGGCUCGGUAUUGGGAUGGCUGGACUAGCUGGCUCAGGCGUCCCACACUCCAAGGCGAGCGCCCACCCCAACAUAUCCAUUCAGACGUCAGGAUUGCAGGAUCUGAUGACCGACUCUUCUCAGUUACCAUCAUCCGCCUGCCCUACCCCGCUCCACUCGCCGCUCUUCAGCGCCACCAAUGCUAGUGGUACCGUUCAUCACCACGGCUCUGGUGAGCUGAUUGUCAGCAGUGCUCAGCCUGGCAAGAUGGUAGGACUCGGUGGCAGGGAUAACAUUGUGUCGCACUUGGAUCUAGAUAUCGGUAAGGAGAUGGAAGGCUUUGAGGGACGCCUUGCCACCAAACCCAAAGCUGCUGAGGAGAAGCCCUUGGUGAAGUUGGAAUCGUCCAACCAGCCUUCCCAGCUGGAAGAUGAGGAUGUGGACGUUGACAUUGAGGAUGAAGACGGAGAAGCGUCCCUCAAAGCCGUGCUCCUCAAUGCUACCUUCUGA